UGCUGGGAAUUUCAGUGCGCGUUUCUCAGGUUUCCGCCGCUUCGGGGUGCUUGAGUUAGUGAUCGAGUUGGUGAGUUAGUGAGCGAGUUGGUGAGUUAGUGAGCGGGUUGGUGAGUUAGUGAGCGGGUUGGUGAGUUAGUGAGCGAGUUGGUGAGUUAGUGAGCGAGUUGGUGAGUUAGUGAGCGGGUUGGUGAGUUAGCGAGCGGGUUGGUGAGUUAGCGAGCGGGUUGGUGAGUUAGCGAGCGGGUUGGUGAGUUAGCGAGCGAGUUGGUGAGUUAGCGAGCGAGUUGGUGAGUUAGCGAGCGAGUUGGUGAGUUAGCGGGCGAGUUGGUGAGUUAGCGGGCGGGUUGGUGAGUUAGCGAGCGGGUUGGUGAGUUAGCGAGCGAGUUGGUGAGUUAGCGAGCGAGUUGGUGAGUUAGUGAGCGAGUUGGUGAGUUAGCGAGCGAGUUGGUGAGUUAGCGGGCGAGUUGGUGAGUUAGCGAGCGGGUUGGUGAGUUAGCGAGCGAGUUGGUGAGUUAGCGAGCGAGUUCGUGAGUUAGCGAGCGAGUUCGUGAGUUAGUGAGCGAGUUCGUGAGCGAGUUGGUGAGUUAGUGAGCGAGUUGGUGAGUUAGUGAGCGAGUUCGUGAGCGGCGCUGAGACGUUUAACAGCGGACGGAGUUCAACUCGGGCCGGCGUGGAUACAUUCUACGGGCGGCAGUGCUGGGGACGUCGGCGUACGCGAUCAUGUCGAGUGAGAACUUGCCUGUGGCAAAAGGAUUCCGCCUGGCACUCCUGCAGAUGCUAGUUUCACGUCACAAGCAGGAGAACCUGGCACAUGCUCGUGAGCUGAUAUCGCGCGCAGCGCAGAAUGGUGCACAGCUCGUCUCACUCCCGGAAUGUUUCAACUGCCCGUACGGGACGCAGUAUUUUGGCGAGUAUGCGGAGACGGUUCCCGGAGAAACGAGCAACAUGAUUGCGGCGCUGGCCGCCGAGCACCGCAUCACCAUCAUCGGAGGGUCAAUCCCAGAGCGGUCAGGGGAUCGUCUAUUUAACACCAGCCUCGUGUUUGGACCGGAUGGCAAGCUGUGUGGGAAAUUCCGCAAGAUGCAUCUCUUUGACAUUGACAUUCCGGGAAAAAUCACUUUCAAGGAGUCGGAAACGCUGAGCCCUGGAGAGGAACUGACAGACUUCACCACUCCGUUCUGCAAGGUCGGGAUUGCCAUUUGCUACGACCUUCGGUUCCCAGAGCUCACGCGUCUCUAUGCUGACCGGGGCUGUCACCUGCUCGUGUGCCCUGGAGCGUUCAACAUGACUACGGGGCCCGUCCACUGGGAGCUUUUGCAGCGUGCUCGGGCAGUUGAUAAUCAGAUGUUUGUGGCCACGGUGUCUCCGGCAAGAGAUGAAACAGCGUCGUACGUGGCCUGGGGACACAGCACCGUAUCCUCACCCUGGGGUGACGUUAUUGCUAAAGCUGGACAUGGGGAAGAAAUUGUGUAUGCUGAUAUUGAUUUAAACAGAAUGGAAGAGGUGAGACGUCAGAUUCCGGUGCGGAUUCAGAGGCGCUGUGAGCUGUACCACUCGCUGGCAGCAGCAAAACCACAAUAACCAACCUCGGCUAACAAACAAACCAUCAACUCCCCCACAAGUGGCAAUUCCACCACUCUCCUUUAACCACACUUAAUCCACCCUCAACCAUACACCGCCACCAGAUACACCACCAAACACAACAUAUAACUACAUUUAACCAUAAACUGCACUGCCGCAUAAACUAGGCAAACAGCAAGACAUUAAUCGAUUCAUUAUGAAAAAAUAUUCUCUCCCAACACAUGCAUUGAUUGCUGCGUGAUAAGAUAUUUUUUUUUCCGAUUGAUAUAUGCCAUGCAUAAUUUGUUCACCUAACUCCUGCAGCCACAAGAGCUGCUACAUGCACCACACUUAAAAUUAAAAAGAAUCAACUGUUGCGUCGAAUUGCAUCCCCACAAUUGUAAUGUAUCGAAUCUUGAGAGGGGUGAAUUGUUGCAGGCCUAUUAUCGAUUGAGAUGAAGCACUUUAUAAUAAUGGCAUUGCUGUGAUGGUCUGCUUGAUUAUUGAAGGGGAGCAGAAUAAAAUUAGCAUCGACCUUGAAAACCCGUUUUCACAGAUCUGUCUCCUUCACUCAGCAUCGCACACCCACAGCAGCCUGCGUUGCGCUCGGGCUGAAUGUGUACUCUUGU